AUGGCUGGCUGGCUGGCCACCCCGCUGGAGCACGGCCCCGGGGGGGCGCUGCUGGUACCGCCGAGCCGGGGCUGCUGGAAAUCAGCACGGGAACGUUGGAGAGGAGAGGUGGUGGCAGAAACCAGCAAAAAUCAGGUUCCCGGUUUUGCUGGACGGAUGAAUAGAGGGUUCUCAGCUGAGAUCUUGCUGGAGACUCUGGUGGGGCUGAUCUGUGAAAGGUUUUUCGUCAACUUCCCUUCGGCCAAGCAGUACUUCAGCCAGUUCAAGCACAUGGAAGACCCGCUGGAGAUGGAGAGGAGCUUGCAACUGCGUAAGCACGCUCGGCGGGUCAUGGGUGCCAUUAACACUGUGGUGGAGAACCUCAAUGACUCCGAAAAGGUGUCCUCUGUCCUGGCCCUGGUGGGCAAGGCUCAUGCCCUCAAGCACAAAGUGGAGCCCAUCUACUUUAAGAAACUCACUGGUGUCAUGCUGGAGGUCAUUGCUGAAGAAUACGCCAACGACUUCACCCCGGAGGCGCACGGUGCCUGGACCAAGAUGAAGACCCUCAUCUACACCCACGUGACGGCGGCGUACAAGGAGGUGGGCUGGGCGCAGUACCCCACCGCCACCCUGUGA